AUGGGCACAGGGGAUUAUAUCUGCAUUUCCAUGAGUGGAGGGGCACCUUGGGGCUUUAGACUGCAAGGUGGCAAGGAGCAAAAGCAGCCUUUGCAAAUCGCUAAGGUUCGCAGCAAGAGCAAAGCAUCCAAGGCUGGGCUGUGUGAGGGGGAUGAGGUGGUGUCUAUCAAUGGCAAGUCCUGUGCAGACUUAACCUAUUCUGAAGUUAUCACUCUUAUGGAAGGUCUGACUGAUGCCCUCCAGCUGCUUAUCAAGAGAUCAUCCAAUGGACUACAUGAAAGCUUGAGUCCGGAAACAGAAACCAGAAACCAUGAUAAAAUAAAAAAUGAGGAGUAUAGGGAGAGUACCACACUGCAAAUCAGAACAGCCACGGAAAUGCCCCAGAGGGAAUUCUACAUCACAGAGAUACACAAUGAAGCUCCCCAUGGAGCAGAGGAAAGUGACUUAAACUUUUCUGGGACAAAACAAGAAAAGGAGACAAUACAAUGCCACAAAAUUAUUCCUAGAGUGAUAGAAACCUCUAGAGUACUCUUGACAGAUGAGGCUGCUUUCAAAGAGAAGACAAAAGAAAGAAGGCCAGACACUGUGGUUGAGCUGCAGUUGUCCCUCUCACAUGACAGACACAAGGGCACCAGUGUUCCUGCUGUUAGUCUCCUGGGAGCUGAAAAAUGUACCCCUUCAGAAGCUGGACCCAGUGUGCAAGAAGAUGGGACUAGCCCGAUAACUGCAGUCCCCCUGGGUGAAAAAGAGGCCACUGUCCAGUGGUCAAGCAAAACAUUCCAGAUUGCUAGUGGCAAAGAGGUCAAGGUGAUCCAAGGAGCAGAGGCAGGCAAUCCAUCUCUCCCCAUAGUGGAAGUGAUCCUAGAUUGCUCUGACAGGGAGAAGGAAGUGUCCAGGUCUCUAGCUGAAAAGGGGUGUGUUGAUUCUCAAGUGGAAGGAGGGCAGUCAGAAGCACCUCCUUCUGUAGUCUCCUUUGGAAUCUCAUCAGAAGGCACAGAGCAGGGAGAAGACGACCAGCACUCAGAAAGAGAUCACAGCAGACCUCACAAGCACAGGGCAAGGCACGCAAGGCUCCGGCGGAGCGAGAGUCUGUCAGAGAAGCAGGUGAAAGAAGCCAAAUCUAAAUGUAAAAGCAUUGCCCUGCUGCUGACGGCAGCUCCCAAUCCCAAUUCCAAGGGGGUGUUGAUGUUCAAGAAGCGUCGCCAAAGAGCGAGGAAAUACACUUUAGUCAGCUACGGCACCGGGGAACUAGAACGUGAAGAAGACGAGGGUGAAGAAGGGGAAGGUGAAGAAGGUGACAAAGAAAACACUUUUGAGGUAACUUUAUUUGGAACAAGUGAGUCAGAAAUAGAUGAAGAUUUCUUCUCUGACAUUGACCACGAAGGCCAGAUUGUAACAUUUGAUUGGGACACUGGUCUGCUUGAGAUUGAAAAGAAACUAAAAGGUGGAGACGAGAUGCAGAUGCUGCCAGAGAGCAAGGGCAAGGGGGCCCUCAUGUUUGCCAAGAGACGGCAGAGAAUGGAUGAGAUCACAGCUGAGCAAGAAGAGGUGAAGUCACACGGAAUGCAUGCAGAGGAACAAAGAGAAGCCAACCCAAAAGAGAGCUUCAGACAAGUGAGCUCCUCGUCCUAUCAGGCAAAAGAGGAAGAAACGUCAAAAAUGCAGAGCUGUGUGAGCAAAAGCUACAUAGAAGUGAGCCACAGUCAUGGCAAAAUGGUACAACAAAAUGGCAUUGGGGGAGCAUCAGAGACAAACAUCUCCUUUCAGUCUUCUGAUGCCCAUAAAUCAACACCUUUAAACAGAACAGCUAAACCUUUUCCUGGUAUACCGAAUCGAGCAGCAGCACCAUUUUCACCAACGAGAAAUGUGACUAGCCCUCUCUCAGAUUUACCAGCACCACCUUUCUAUUCCUCAAUUAGCCCACCGCCUCAAGCCUCAUAUAGAGCAGUAUCGAGUCCAGUGGCCAGCAGAGCUCAGCCAGCUAUUUGGUCACCAACAGAGCAGAUAGCAUCCAGAGAUGAAAGAAUUGCAGUGCCGGCCAAAAGAACUGGGAUACUACAAGAAGCAAAGAAAAGAAGCACUGCAAAGCCUAUGUUUACUUUCAAAGAACCUCCAAAAGUGAGUCCUAACCCUGCCCUAUUGUCCCUUGUACAGAAUACAGAAGGCAAACGAGGUACUGGAACUGGCUUUGAAUCAGGACCUGAAGAAGACUACCUUAGUUUGGGAGCAGAGGCUUGUAAUUUCAUGCAGAUCCAAGCAUCAAAACAAAAGACCCCUCCUCCUGUUGCUCCAAAGCCCUCAGUCAAAGUCUCUCCUACUGCUGCCACUCCCAUUUCACCAGUCUGGUCACCUCCAGCUAUGGCUUCUACCCAGCCUCCGGCCUUCCCAACUCCAAACUCACCCCAAGCUGCAGUUCCUGCACCAAUCAAAGUAAGACAGCCUGCUCCUCAUCUCUUACCUCCAAGUACUCUUAACAUAGCUGGUCCUUUUAAAGGGCCUCAAGCAGCAGUAUCAAAUCAAAAUUAUACACCCAAAACAACACCUACCACACCAAUAGGAAAUGUUGCAUUUGCUGGAGGAAUAGGGCCAGCCUUUGAGAUGCCACCAGCUUUUAGUGGAAAAGGAGCACAGUUAUUUGCCAAAAGGCAAUCUCGAAUGGAGAAGUAUGUGGUAGACUCAGAAACUGUGCAGGCACACAUGGCACGGGCCUCAUCUCCAACUCCAUCUUUACCAGCUUCUUGGAAGUAUUCAUCUAAUGUUCGAGCACCUCCACCCGUUGCUUACAAUCCCAUCCAGUCCCCCUCUUAUCCUCUUGCUGCUACUAAACCCCAAUCUAAAUCACCUGCAGUUACCAAAAGUACCAAAAGAAAACCUAAGAAAGUUCUCAGUGCUUUGGAUGUUAUGAAGCAUCAGCCAUAUCAACUUAAUGCAUCUUUAUUUACUUUUCAACCUCCUUCUGCUACUAAGGAAAGCCUAGCUACUAAGCAGUCUACAAAGUUCGACUCAGUGUCUGCCUCAAAACAUGCUCUGCCUUCAAGACCACUCAGUGCUGGUUCUUCUGCUAAUGUCCAAGCAUCUUCAGUGUACUCCGUACCAGCCUACAGUUCACAACCGUGGUUCCAGUCGAAUGCAUCCACUCCAAUAAAUGAGUCCUACGAGCCUAGUGGUUACCCCUCAUUUUCUAAGCAAGAAUCAAUCACAUCCUCUUUGUUUACUGCUCCAAGGCCAAAGUUUUCAGCAAAGAAAGUUGGAGUCACAGCCCAGGAAAGAGGCAGCGGCUGCUCAUUAUCACUUCCUGUGAGGCCUUCUUCACUCACCUAUCGAGCCAUAUCCCCUGCUUCACCUCUGAUGUCCCAACCUGGCCCUGGUUACUUCAGCAAACCAGCAGCAGCAGCCAACAAGCCUGGCAAGAGAUUGACUCCCUGGGAAGCAGCAGCCAAGUCCCCUCUUGGCCUAGUGGAUGAUGCUUUUGGCCCCCAAAACAUUCAAGAAUCCGUUGUUGCUAAUGUAGUAUCAGCUGCUCGCAGAAAAACACUCCCUGAGCCACCGGAUGAUUGGAAACAAAGGGUUUCCUGUGUGCCUCCAUCGCCAGGUGUUCAUGCUAGCCCUGCAUCAUUUGGAAGGAGGCAGUCUGGUAUCACAUCCCCACCAAAGAGCAGCAUGUCAGCCCCCAGCUCCACUUUUCAGUGUGGCUCUCGGCUUCAAUAUGCAUAUUAUGGUCAGCGAUCCCGAACAGAUCCUGACAUGAUGUCCAUGGAUUCCAGAUCCGACUACUGCCUGUCAAUGGCCAACUCAAACUACAACCCACAUCCAAGGGGAUGGAGGCGUCAAACAUGA